GAUCAUUCUAUUAAAUUUAUUUCAACAACUUAUCGAAACGAGGCAUGGUUUUUGUAAAUCUGAAGGAAAGCGAUUUAAUAAUUGGAUUGAGAUCAAAGUUACAUCGAAUAUAAGAAAGAAUGGAAGUGCUUUCGCGGCCAGCAGAGGAGUUUGUAAAUGAUGGUAGUGUGGAGGAGCUAUGGGCCAUGAAAGCGGUUGAACAUGCCGAAAUCCACUUCAACCUGUUGUGUAGCGUUGACCCACGGAUGCUGCACCUUACUCCUUAUGAUAACGAAAUCUAUGAAGAGUUUAGAAAACAAUUCCCAGAUAUGGAUGUGGCCAUGGUGAACGAGAAUGAACUGAAGAGCGCUGACGGGAAAGCCAAAUGGCGAUCCUAUAUGGAAAAAUUUAAUCGGCUAGAAAACUACAGCUAUGGUACUUUAAUAAGAGCAAACGCUGCGGAAGAAUUUCAACCAGAAAAUGCUAUAUUGGUAGUGAGAAUCCAAUUUUGGGCGAUUGAGAUUUCGAGAAACCGAGAGGGGCACAAUGAUGGCAUACGGAAACGAUUUCAAGGACGAAGCAAAAAGGAAGAAUAAAUAUGAGUUAUAAUUGUAUUAAUAAACUAUUUUGUAAGAA